AUGAAGACCUCUUUCACUCUGGCCGCUCUUACCGUUGCCGCCGUCGCUGCACCCACCAGCGUCAAGAAGUGCUCAUCAGUCUCUCAAAAUGCGAACUUUGAUGACUUGACGGGCGUUCCGGGUGUCAUUCUCAACACUAUUCCAACACCGUACAAAGGCCUCUUAUACCAAGGCACUGCGUUCACAACGGUCGUCCGAACAGGCACCACUGUUCAACCCGGUGUUACGCCUCACUCAGGGCUGAACUAUGGAGCCAUCAAUGUUGCUUCCCAGCUCAGCGGCACACCGAUGCUUACAACCAACUACGCAUCCAGCAAAAUCGAGUCCUUUCAGCUUGAGAGCUUCUACUUUGGAUGCGUGUUGCAACUUGGGCAAGGUGCAACUGCCGUACCCACCGCUUGCAACAUCAACGUUACCGGCUACAAGGGAAGCGACAACACCGUAUCCGCCAGCAAGCAAGUUUGCUCGCAAAGUUACUCAUACAACCCUACGUCCAUUCUCGGUCUGCAACAGCAAGCGUUCGGCAGCUUCAGUGACUGCGCCAAGAAGGAUAUUCAGUUUGCUGUAAUCCAGUUCUCUCUUCCUGGAGGCAUGGCUGCUGCGAACCCCUUGUCGGCCUUGGUCAUUGACGAUGUGAAGUACUCUACCAAGGCGAGCAGCUGCUAA